CUUGUCUGGACGUCCAGACGUGUCUAGACUCACGUCUGGACGUCGUACGUCGGGACAGCGCGUCUGGGUAUAUAAGGCCUGACGAGCAGGCCAAGCUCACUCUCGUUGAGGGUUCAGUUUACGUCCUUGUGACUAUUACGCGAUUACGUCCCUGUGACUCACGCUAUCGACUUGCUCUCAGUCUAAAGAGAAUGGCCAGAAUCAACAACACCGCAGCGCCAGACCAUCGGCGAAGAAGCUGCCGCCGCAAACGCAAACCCAACUGGUUUCAUAGCGAUCCCAGGUUUGGCUUUGCUCUUGUCCAGCCACCACCACCGGCUCGGCCCGCAGCUCCGGCCGCACCAGCGCCACCGCCUCCACCAGCAGGUCCGCCAGUGCCACUAGUGCCAGUGCCCGCGCCAGUGCUCGUGCCAGUGCCCGCGGCUGCGCCCUUGCCCGUGCCAGUGCCUGCACCAGUGCCUGUGCCGUCCGCUCCACCGGCUCGACGACCACCUCGAAGACUUGCACCACCGGGUGCACCUGCACCUGGUAUGUGGAGGCCGCAAAGGGUUGCGGGCCUUCUAUCGAGACAGGCCACAGCGGCUCUGUUUGGAGUGAAAGUGCAAUUGCGUCCACCCCGCAGGAUGACAGCUAUUACAGCACGUAAUAGGUUGGCAGUGGAAGCUUCAGAAGAACGAAGGAGAGCUGAUGUCUAG